UAGACCCUGCCCCUAGAGCCCUGCUAGAGGAGGAGCCUUAUAGAGCAAGGCGAGGUCGCGGAGGGAAGGCAGAGGAUAUCAUUCACCUGGGUCUUUAGCAGCCCUGGCCGCCGCCCUAGCACUGCUAUUAACCGGAGAUCCAGCUUUGAGACAAGAUGCAGCAAGUGGGUAUAUCAACAAAGAAUGAGGGAACUGGAAGAAAGUUAUGAUAACAUGGUUACUUCGGUUCAGUUGGGCAUGUCAACACAUGAAAAUUAUUCUAGAAUAAGAUGCUGAUCUGUUUCUUCUUGGAGACCCUGGGUAAAGGCUGUGCAUUCAUUGCAGUGCUGCUGGUGGCUUUUCAGUGGACUUCAGAAGCAGCAAGACCUCUGGAAAGAAAAGCUGCAGCCGUGGGAUCCUCAGUGCUGCUGUCUGCACCGGACAACAUAAAAGACAUCAACUUCAUCCAGUGGGAAUAUCUAAAUGGCACCACAUGGGACUUCAUUGUGCAGUACUAUGUGGGGUCACAAAAGCCGACACUCUAUGCGCCCUAUGGAGACAGAGUCAUUUUCUAUUCGCUUAAUGGCUCCCUCUUGCUGGAAAAACUACACGAGACAGACAGCAGGGUCUACAAAGCCAGUAUCAAUCUGAUCGAGAGCGAAGCCAGGACAACCCUUCUGAAAGUUCUCAGGCCUGUGUCCCAGCCGCAGAUAUGGAGCAAUUCUAGCCUGGCAGGUUCACCGAUUGAAUUAUUCUGCAAUGUGCCGGAGGGAACAGUGGAGAACAUUGACUGGGAGAAGGAUGGAGACCCUCUCCCCCAGGAAAGAUAUUGCCUUCUUUCUGGAAGUCCCAGUGUGUUGCACAUCGGGAAAGGGGAAAAAUCAGACUGUGGCUCCUAUUCCUGCAAUGUCAGCAAUGAGAUCAGCUGGCAGGAAUCCUCGCUGAACUUGACCAUUGUCAGUAUCUCGCCUUCUCUAGAGCAUGUUCUGAAAAUGUCUGCUGUUGCUUUGGUGUUUGCUCUGGUCUCUGGGAUGGGCUUCUUUUUCUUGUGCUGCCAAUCAGGAAACCAAAGAAUCAAGAGGGAGACCUGGAGAUGGAUGAGCGUAUUCCUUCAGGGGCUGGUGUGUGUCUCUUCCGUCUUGCUGUUCGCUGCUACUGUGCUCUGGAUGCAGGAGGAAGGUCCCUUUGCUGCCUUCAUAUUGCUUGAGUUUCUGCUUGUAUAUGUGAUCAUAGUAACGGCCCUGAUAUCAGCAACGUUGGCGUGUCAGCCUGCAAAGCUCAGUGGAUUUAAGACCAAACCAUGGCAGCGUGUCAUCCUGGACUCAGCAGCCCCUGGAGCAGUGAUAUUAGUGGUCCUGUUUGCCAGCCUCCUACUCCAGAAAAUCUCCCGGCUCCAAGAGAGAGGCUGCUCACAGACUGUAGAUCUGACAGGCUAUGCAGUCACCUCAGCCGUAAUCUCUCUCCUUGGCCUUCUAACCCUCUUCAUUUGGUAUCACAGGAGACAAGGAGACCAAAGAGAAAAUAAACGACAUUCCAAAGAGGAAGCAGACCAGGAGAUGCAGCAGGAGCCUGAGGAAGACAUGCAGCAACAGCCAUAAAGAGCAUUCCCUAGUCUCAUGCCACCAAGAAUGAUCCGGAAGAAGCUACAAUCAAAUUUGGAAACCCUGUCGUCAUUAUGGCCAGGUCUCGGGAACACCCAUACCUAAGUCCGGCCAAGGCUUCCUCUUGCAGGCCUGUGUGAUUGGUUGCUUAUACACUUUGCCAACAUUUAACCACCUGGGCUGAAAUUUUCACUGCCAGGACUCUGCCUCGGGCUCAGUCCCCCCUCCCACCCCAGAAUUUCAGUAAAAAUCUAUUCCAUUGUUGCUGAAAGCACGGUUAGGGGAAAAUAGGAACUUUUUUGCUAAUGUUAACCAAGUUUUUUUUCCCCUUGUUUCUUUGAAGCGCUCUAGUUCCUCCGUGUUUCUGAAGCAGGCAUUUGAAGUUGGGCAAAGCGGUGGGCUGGGGUCAGAGAUGCCUUUUACGGUUCUCAUGAAAACACACUUAGGGCUAGUCUACACUAUAAGCACUACAGCAGUGCAGCUGCGCCGCAGCGUGGCUGGUGGAGAGAGCCCUCCUGUCAGCAUAGCGCUGUUCACAGCAGCACUUAGGUCGGUGAAACUUGCAUCGGUCACAGGGGUGGCUUAUUCACUCUGCUUUUCCAUUGCCUUGGGUUAACAAUUCUCUGCACAUCAGAGCUUUUAUUAGCAGGAGAGGCCUCUUACAGAGGGAGUAUCAAUCUAACUCCCCCCCCCCCGCCCCGCCCCGAUUCAUUUGCAGAUGUCUGUAACUAAGAGGUUACACAAGGUCACUCCUACCAGGACUGGUUGUAGAAUCCAGUCCUGUAGGGUAACAAAGUGACUGGGAGUUGGGUUUGCCAUCUUAGUUUUGUUGGUGAUGGAAAAAACACAAGGAGGUAGCAUGACUAGCCAUUACCCCAGGGCCAGCCUUAGGGCCAGGCAAACGGGACCCAUGCCCAGGGCGCCGGGGGUCGCCACAAGGGGCUCGGGCUUUCCCUGGCUGGCUAUGGCCGGACUCCUCUCUUCUCCAUCCCCUCCCCUGCCUCCUAGCCCCUCCCUCCUCAACCAGCCAGCUGAGGGCUCCAGCUCUGCCUCAGCCCCGGGGAGCCCAGAGCAGCGCAGCCGGGGUUGGUCACUGGCGGCCCGGCCCACCACUCGCUGCCCGGAGCGGAGCCGAGUCCCUCCCUGCCUGCAGCCCUGCUCUGCUGCUCCGUGUCUGGCAGGGGCCGGGCAGGCUGGGGCCAGGGGGAGCAAAAUUUCCACGUGAGUGGGGGAGGGGUCGGGCCGAGCUGGGGGGAGGAGGGACUUAAAGUGACAGUGCGCUCACUGACUCUCAAACUUCCCUAACACACACACUCUGCCUCUCAUUGUCCCCCAACACAGAUUGUUUCUCUCACACGCAGUCUCACACUCCCCAGUACACACUCUGUCUGUGAAAAGGUUCUGAUUUGCUGAAUAAGUUUAUGCUAUUUGUAUGCAUGUAUCCUUUUUGUAUCUGAAGUUGAGUAUUGGCUCUAUACCUGGAUUUCAAAUGGUUGCUCCUGGGGUAAUGCCCACAAGAUAGUUAGCCAGCACAUCUUGAAGGGACUAGUCAAAGUAAGUGGCUCACCAAGGGACACUUAACUCACAAUGGACCAUGGGAGACAACCAUCUACAUUGAAUGGACUUUCCUGUGGACAUUCCGUAUGAAGUAUAGGUAAUGGCCUGGAAGUGAUUGGGGAGGGGGGCAGGGAGCCCAUAGGAACCAGAGGUAAUAGCGGAAGGUGGAGCGCCAAAACACAAGUUCACCCAGGGCACUAUUUUCACUAAGGCCAGCCCUGAUUAACCCUCAAUACACAAACCAGGAGUAGCGCCUGAUAGUUCCUGUACUAGCUAGCAAAUAGUCAUGUAAGCCAUUCCACUGUACUGCUGUUACUAUUAAAUAGCUUUAUGUUGUACUGGUUCAAACCCUAGCAUUAGUUCACCUGGCUGUCAGUAAAGCUCAAUAGGAUGUCAGAAUUGUGUUUGUUUUAGAUGCUAGAAAAUUACUUGUAGAAAGCUACAUGAGAAGAUUAUUAAGGUUGCAAAGUCAGGCACUCAAUAAAUACCCGGAGGAAAGAUUGCCCAUGUAAUCACAAAUCUGCACCUCGGGCAUAGGUUUUUAAUGGUGUAGUUUUUAAUUGCCUACUUUAAUUUAGUCUACUGGACCCCUGCCUCAGUCAGUGCUCAGGGUGGACGCUACAUGAGGUGAUGGGUGGCAAGAAAAGAACUGUUGUCUUGUAUUGGAGGCCUGAGACUGAAGCGAGACAGAUUCUAUUUCAGACUCUGUCACAGACUUCCUGUGGUUUAUUGGGCAUAUACAGAAGUGUGUGUGGGAAGGGCAGGAGUGGACAAUCUCUGUUUGGGCAUUUCCUAACUUUUCAGUGUUGGAUUCUGCAACUUUAAUGUCGCUUCUACAGAGCAUAAUUCCAGUUUCAUUCAGCUCUUGCACCUAUCUGUCAGCCAUGUUACUCAUGUUUUUUUGUCACUGUUAUAUUAGUGUUAGAAUUUUCUUUUAUAGCAUUCCUUUGUCUGUGUUAGGAGUAAUAUAAGUAAAAUGACUGAGAGAAAUAUUACCUCAUGUUGUCUUGUUUCUAAUCUGAUCUCCCCCUCUCCCUGCACUCUCAGCAGUGAGGUGAGGGCUCCUUACCUUACCCACGCUGUACCCAUCUAGCCAGUUUCUGGCUUCUCCGCUCACACGUCCUUGCUGAUUAGGGCAGACUCAAACCCAGCUCCUUCAGACUGCCAUCCGAACACUUCUGAGCCCUGUUUCCUUUCCAUCCAGAGGUAAAUGGCAUCCUCUUUCUCACAUUCUCUCCUGAAAAGUUGAUUGACCAAAGACAGAGACAAAAGGUAGAUGAUUUGGGUGCAAACCUCAAAGGUACUUAACUGCCUAAACCCCAGAUUUAGGCAUCUAAAUGCCAGUUUUGGCUCCAUAAAACUCCCACCAAACUCUGUAGGUGUCUAAAUUCACUGACCACCCAAGUUCUCAGAGCAGAAGUUCCCUCAGCACCUGUUUUUGUCACUGGGCUGCCUCCCUGUAUGCAACGGGGGAGGUGGGACCUGUAUCCCACGUAAGCUCCGGAGUGAUUCAUGAACUAUGGGGAGAAAGGUGGGGCCUGAUCCACUGAGCCUCUGAGCAUGCCUACUGGAUCAAGGCCCAUUUAGAAUCUGGCAGCAAGAUGGUGGUGCUACCUACCUUAUAACUUAACAUCUAGCCCAGAAGUUACAACACUCACCUGGGAUGUGGGACACUGCACCAUGGUGGAUAAAUACUUAAAUAGAGCUAGCAAGCGAGAAUGAUGCUGUAGUCCAGGAGUUUGGGCACCCGUGGGGAAGGUAGGAGUCCCCCUGCUCCAAUCACUGGCAUUAUUUCUCCAACCUGGAACAACUUCAACAGGAAAGGUAGAGGGAGCCUUACAUCUGCAUGGCUUGUAACUCAGUGAUUAGAGCACUCUCCUGAGAGGUUUCAUACCCCUGUUCAACUCAUUGUCUCCCCCAGCAGAGGGAAGUGAACCCGAGUCUCCCACAUUGCAGCUGAGUGCUCUAACCACUGAGCUAAUAUUGGUACAGGUAGACAGCACUACCCACUCCUUAGGAGCUGGUGCCUGAACUGUGUGACUGCAGGUGGCUAGUUCCCAUUCAUGCUUCAAAAAGCAGAGCUAAGUCCCUAAAUUUCGGUUGCAGGGAGGGCCUACCUUCAAGAGAGGGGCAAGGCGUAGGACACAUUGUCAGCAUUACCCAUUAGCUAGCUUAAGCAGCUCCCCAGCUGUGGCCUGCACCUGGACUUCAGCCACAGUACGGUUUUUGCAUAUCCACGGACUGUGAUCCUUGUUCUCACCCUGGCCUGUCCAGAGAUCUCAGUUCCACAGCCCUCCCUUGGGCCCAGUCCAUACCUGACAUCCAGCUUCAACCUGAGCCUCAUCCACUAUGCCUGACUCUUGGGAGGCAGCAUGUGUGGUCUGAGUGUGGUCUUUCAACCAGUUUUGCACCCACCUGACCAUAAUUUCAUCUAAACCACCUUUCCUUAAUUUGCCUUAUUAAAAAAUAAGAUAUAACAUGUCUACUGCUCCCCCAUCCCCCACCCUGCCUGUCAAAGAAGGAAAUGAGGUUGGUUUAGCCAUGCUGGCUAUUCCUUGUCAUCCUCUGUCUUGUGUUGUAUCUGUAGUUAUUGAGUACAAUAGAGCAAUGAGACUCCACACCUAGAAUGCUGGCUUGUGUGGCGCGCAUUCCUGGGCUCCAGUCUCUGCCCAUGCAGUGUGUCGAGAGCCAAGGCACCUACCAAGGCUGUGUCGAGCACAGUGUGUUGCGGUGAUUUUUCUAGGUAGCUAAAAGUUGGGCAGUGUGCUGCUCAGCCUUGCGAGGCCUAAAUCUCUUUGUGGAUCUCACUUCCCACACCAGUAGGCCCUGAAUUUUCAGGGUUGCAACCCCUUUACCUCUGUCUGCAGGCCCCUCCCCCACCCAGGAGCCAGGGUCAGGAGCGGGGCCGCAGCUUCUCCCAGGGGUGGGAGGCGAACAGGGGUAAGGAGGCUGCCACUGGGGUUGGAUCUGGGGCUGCAGUUGGGGGCCAAGACCGGGGGUGGGUCUGGACACAGGACUGGGAGCCAGGGCUGUGGCAGGGGAUGGGGCCGGACGUUGGGCUGGGAGCCAGGGCUGCGGCAGGGGAUGGGGUCAGAGCAGAGCUGGGGUUGGAUGGCGUUCCCGCCCCACCCCCUGUGGGGGCUGGCCUCUGCACUGCUGCCCGCCGCCCCGAAUGUUCCUCCACACCCCCUAGGGGACUGCACCCCGCAGUUUGGGGACCUCUGCCUUACACAAUGUUUUUUGGGUAUUACUGUAACCCACGAUAGGAGAGUGUGGAUUAUGAGCGCCCUCUACUGGCUGGUUCCCCACAGGUUUGAGUUUGUUACUAUUUCCCACUAAAGGAUUUAGGGACAGAUUUUUCAUGGUAAUCAGGUGCCUACUGAUUGAAAAAUCCCACUAUUGGCAUUUUUAGGUACCAAAAUGCCUUUACAAAUUUGGCUCUUUGCCUUUUCAUUUAAGCAGCAGAGGCUUAUGGUUUAGCUCUGGAGCCCCACCUUUGUCAUCUAAGCGUGACUGCCCCAUUUUGGUAGGACAUUCCUUUGGAAAGUUAGCUCAGUCUUUUUUCAAGCCCUUCAGACCUGUUGCGACUUCCAACCACUCACUUUUCUUUCUUCUUUGCCCUUGUCACCAGCAAAAAGGUUUCUGGCUUGCUCUGACUUCUCCAGCCACGCCUCUGGACCCCACCCCCUGCCUGCCAAUCACUACUGCCCAUCCCCUUUCUCUGAUUAAAGUAGUGCCUCUCCAGGUGGGAAACUCCUUAAACAUUGAUAUCAUUUUUUCACGCACCAUGGAUUAGUAUUUGGAAUGCCACAGGCAACUAGUUCACACAGUACUGUACAGCAGUGCUGCUCAAACUAGGGCUGCCGCUUGUUCAGGGAAAGCCCCUGGCAGGCCAGGCCGGUUUGUUUACCUGCCGCGUCCGCAGGUUCGGCCGAUCGCAGCUCCCACUGGCCGCGGUUCGCCGCUGCAGGUCAGUGGGGGCUGCGGGAAGCAGCGUGGGCUGAGGGAGGGGCUGGCCACCACUUCUUGCAUCCCCCAUUGGCCUGGAGCGGCGAACCGCGGCCAGUGGGAGCCGCGAUCAGCCGAACCUGCGGACGCGGCAGGUAAACAAACCGGUCCGGCCCGCCAGGGGCUUUCCCUGAACAAGCAGCGCACAUAGUUUGAGAACCACUGCUGUACAUGACUGUAUUGUACAUGACCCCAACCUGACUUUGUUUUUCCUCCUAAAAAUGAAAAAGAAAGGACAUUCCAUUGACACUGAUGUGGUGGUGGGUGGGGAGAGUGGGGGAUAAAGCUAGCUGUCUGUAGUCUGAUUUUUUGAUUGGGUUUUCAUUCACAGUAUGUACAAAUUACAAUGAUACUCAGUGUUAGCAUGACAUUUUAUUUGAAUAUAGGUUAAAAAAAAGUCUACAUAGAUUUGAAAAAACUAAUGUAUUUACAUAGAAAUCACAUUGUCAAAGCUAAAGUAUAGAACUGGUGAGUACCACAUUGUUUCCACCUAUAAAUAAAACUGGACAAUGGUUACUUUGUAUUUUUAAGUGACUUGGGUACAUUUAGCAUCUUGUGUGAGCAAAUGCUGUAACACCAUAGCUGCAAGUUUUCAUGUGUUUGCUUUAUGCAUUAUUGUGACAAUAUUAAGUCCCAAGCAGAGCUAUUGUACCACAAGUAUUAAAAUUUAAAUAUUUUUAUUUUCUUUGCGAACACA